AAAUUAUUGUAAAAUGAUGCAUGUCCCUUUAACUGACACUUAUUUUUAUUCUUUCUACCCCCACCCCUUUAUAUCCUUUAGGAUUCCAUGUAAUUCCAACCCUGUCAAAUGUUGUUCCAGAAAGCUGCCUUCUGAUUGUUGUUGGUCUUCUGGUGGGUGGACUUAUAAAAGCAGUGGGUGAAACUCCUCCAGUUUUAAGGUCGGAUGUGUUUUUCCUGUUCUUGCUGCCCCCUAUUAUCCUUGAUGCAGGAUACUUUCUCCCACUGCGUCCUUUUUCUGAGAAUUUGGGGACUAUUUUAAUGUUUGCUGUGGUGGGCACACUGUGGAAUACUUUUUUCUUGGGUUCUCUGCUGUAUGCUGUGUGCCAGAUUGGAGGUCCACAGCUUUCAAACGUCAACCUCUUGGCCAAUUUGUUGUUUGGCAGCAUUAUUUCUGCAGUGGACCCAGUAGCUGUGUUGGCGGUUUUCGAAGAGAUCCAUAUUAAUGAACUUCUUCACAUCCUGGUAUUUGGAGAGUCUUUGCUUAAUGAUGCCGUCACUGUGGUAAGUUGUAUUUUUUUUUUCCUUCUUGUAGAACAUCAUUAGAUAUCUUUUGUAAAAUGUUAAACUAUUUAGUCUACUAGAAAUUGUUGCAAGUUGCGUUUAAGUUAUUUUUAAACAUUGCUUUUACUUUUAUUUUUGUUUGUUUGAAAAUGAGACACCAUAGUCCAACAUUUUUUUGAUUACUUUUUUUCUCACAUUUAUUACAAUUUACCUCAGAAAGACCCAUGUCCAUAAUGUCCAUAAUAUCUAUGCAUUUUUUUCACCGCUUCUUGUGUCUAUUGGUUUCAUUACUCUUGGAUGCAAAUACUUGUUAUUUAUCCAGUGGAUAUUUUUCCUGCACAGGAACCAUAGUAAAAACCAGUGGCCCAGCUUGUCACACCAGUAAAAUAAAAUAUAUUUCAAGGAGUUUUCCUUUGCCAAACUUAGGAGCAAUUGACUACCUUACAUCCCCCAAAUAAGAAUUCAAUCUGUAUGUUGUGAAACUAAUAAUUAUGGCCCCAGCUAACAUACACACUCAAGUAUCCAAUAACACCUGGCGUUCCUUGGCACUUGAAGGGAUUUAACCCUGGUGGUACGUUUAAUGUAUGGUCUCUGCUGUCAGUGUGCUUGUUAAGGAGUUAAAAUGAUAAACAGACUUAAUCAACAAUAGGUUUGAAUGUUGAAAAUGGCCAACUUAGACUACUAAGGCAGUAUUUUUACUUAAAGGCCUCUAAAUUCCAUAUGACUGCUAUCACUGACUCCGUGUGACUGAUUGCAUCUUUCUGUGGAUAUGGUGGAGGAGAUUUAUCAAAGUGUUUUGUUAUAAAAAGUGGUGCAAAAAUGUAUAAACUGGUGCCAUAGUAAAUGUCCCACAUUUUGUAGUAGGUUUUUUUUAUUUAUUUUUUAUUUUUUUUAAACAGCACUUCUACCAAAUUGGAAAAGCUUUCUCAUGUUUUCCUUUCAUACAGGUUCUUAACUUGAGUUUCCCAUCCUGCCCCAUUAGCCUUCAUGUUACUUUGCUUAUAAUUGAAUAAUCUUUUUGUUUUAUUACUUCUCACAACAUAUGCUAUACUGUGGCUUUAUUCAAAACAGAUUAUUUUUUUUUAUUCUCCAUUCAGUAGUUCUUUCUGUCUUCCUGUUUGAAUACUAUAAUUUUUUUUCUCAUACAUUCUCUCUAUUCAUAGGUCCUUUACCACUUAUUUGAAGAAUAUGCUGCCCUGGAUCAACUCUCGUUCCGUGAUAUUUCACUGGGGUUCCUGAGUUUCUUUGUGGUGGCCCUUGGAGGGGUGUUUGUAGGAGUGGUUUAUGGAAUAAUUGGAGCCUUCACCUCCCGCUUCACCUCUCACAUCCGUGUCAUCGAGCCACUCUUUGUAUUCCUAUAUAGUUACAUGGCAUAUCUGUCUGCGGAACUAUUCCAUCUCUCUGGCAUUAUGGCGUGAGUCUCUCCUUUCUCAUCACCUUUUUGUGUACCCACUAAUAGUAAUUUUUCUAUUUUACCACUGUCAAGUCUUUUUACUCAUCCUCUAUUAUCAUCUUUUACAGCUACAAUUCCUAAUUGUGUCUCUAUGGACUCUCAUGUGUGCCUUCACUUUCAAGUCUCAUAAUUCCAUGUUCUUUGUAUCCUGCCUUUAUCCCAAUUUCAGCACAAAUUUCAUCUCAUUCUGACCAUUCUCUUUUGAUUGCCUGCAUUCUAUUCCUGUCCCAUUUUAUGCUCUCUUUAGUUUGUCAAGCUAUCUUCAUGGGCACUUGUUAUGUUAUGUUUUUGUUUUAUUUUUGGUCAAUCUAAGUGUUUUGUUUGUAAUUUAGUCUUAUAGCCUCUGGAGUGGUAAUGAGACCAUACGUUGAAGCUAAUAUUUCCCACAAGUCACACACUACCAUCAAAUACUUCCUGAAGAUGUGGAGCAGUGUAAGCGAGACGUUAAUUUUCAUCUUUUUGGGGGUGUCCACCGUAGCUGGACCUCACUCUUGGAACUGGACCUAUGUCAUCAGCACCCUUAUCUUCUGUCUGAUAGCACGUGUUCUUGGUAUGCUGACAUACAUUUUAACUUGUUUUAACACUGGUGAUAAUAGGCUUAACUGUGCUCAAAUCUGUUUGUAUGUGUCCUCUAUUUACUGUUAAAAGUAGUUGGACAAAAUGCUGCCUUGCUGGUUCGAUUUUUAAAUAUGUCCUCCGUUAUUUAUGAUUUUAACCAGCUCACUGGAACGGUGAUUUCCUUUGAAGGGUGGGAAUGGGAAUUGAUGGAAGCAAACUCAACAUGGUCAUACCUAUGUGACAUACAAGGAUUUAUGGAUUUAAUUAUGCAAGUGUCACUAUAGUUGUAGGUAUAUAUAAUUCCAUUUCUUCAUGAAUUAGUCUGGAGGUGGAAGGUAAGAGGCAGAGUUGACACAGUAUGCAGUUUGCUGGUGGAGGAGUCAUCAAGGAAAGAGGCCACUGUACUACAUACAAGUGAUGAUUCUGUCCUCCUACACCUACAGUGUUGCAAAAGCACAGAAACAUUCAGCUAAGUUUUUUUGUAUCUAUUGCAAUUGAACUUUUUAUUUUCCUCCUCACUGAAAGCUUUCCCACUGCACUAUGUCUCUCCUAUUUUAAGUAAACUAUUAAAAAUAGCUGUAUUAUAAACCUCAUGCAAAUUGGGAAUCUCCCCCAGAGUUGCUGUUUUGACCUGAUGGGAAGUUCAAUUUCCAUUUCUUAAUUAGGGAAUUAAUUAACACAAUUAUGUUUUUGGACUCCAAAUUGGUUUUAGGGCUGGCCUAUCAUGACCAGCAAUGAAUAAACAAUACUUAUAUUGGACAUCAAGUCAAUUGUGUGGCUUAGCAUAACCCUACAUAAGUAUAACUCCAGCAUUUCUAACAAAUGCCUUUUUAGAUUGAAGGUUUUCUGAGACAUGAUCACAGAUAUGUAAUGAGCGGUACUAUAAUCAUCAAAAUAUAAAGGCUUUUUAUAGACUUACAAAGUUGGUCCAUGGAUAUAUAUAUAUAUUUUUUUUUUUUUUGCUUCCUUCCCUGUCUGCUAUAUUAAUAAAAUGUCAAGUACUUUCACAGUGAUAUUGUUUAUCUUGUGAUAAGCAGUUGCACAAUUGUUAUACAAUACUGUGUACUCACUGUGUGAAUUAUAACACUAAAAUUUCCGCAAUACUGGCACAAGGGUGAUGACUACACAUCUGUAGCUUACAAGCUAGGAUUGGGACUGAUCUGCAAGGCCUGGGAGUGGACAACUUGUUCAGUAAUGCUCUGAUAACAUCUGGACUACUGGUACUACAGUUGGUUACCUCAGUGGUGGUCCAAACACUGGUGGAGUGCUGUGGGAGCCUUUCAUUUCCUAACUGGUUUCUCUUCUGUUAUCUAAACCGCUAUUAAAUGCAGUGCUGUUGCUCACAAUUGAGCAGUGAGAGGUGGUUUGGGAUGGCUAUGCAAUGUUGGAAAGGAUCUUGAGGGAAACCUUAAUUGUGGGGGUAACCAUGUAUGUUGUACCCAGGUAACAUAAACCUCUAUACCCUGUGAUAUACUUAAAAAUGGAACAUAAGUGUAUAUUUUCUGGUAAAGUAUUUAUGCUCUGAAUUUCUUUUCACUAGGUGUCCUUGGCCUGACUUGGUUCAUUAACAAAUUUCGAAUAGUGAAACUGACUCCAAAGGACCAAUUUAUUAUAGCAUAUGGAGGUCUACGAGGAGCUAUUGCUUUCUCUCUGGGAUAUCUGCUGGAUAGUAAACAUUUCCCAAGAGAUAUGUUCCUUACUGCAAUCAUCACAGUCAUCUUCUUCACUGUCUUUGUUCAGGUAAAUGUGGUGGUGCGGGUUGGUGAAAAAUAUUCGGAGGACAUGAUAUAUAUGGAGAAACUAAAUGAUAUAGAUGGAGAAAUGGGAUAUUAAUGGAUAGUUCCUCUUUCUUGGAAAAUAAGUUGCUACAACACAAAACCUUUUUUUAAUUUUAAUUUUUUAAAGAAAUUCGUUCCAUGUUGGUCGUCCAGUGGCCAUGAUAUUCAGUCUGCAGCUCGGCUGGGUGCAGAGCUGCAGACCAUGUGUCUCACCAGGGCUGAUCCUGGCUGGCUGCAGGCCUCUUUCAUUCGCCAGCAGAUGUCUGUUUACACCACCAAUCUGUUUGUGUGUCUCUUUCUUCCCCCAGCCCUUUGUCCAUCUGUUUCUCCCCCAACUCCUUUGUGUCUUUUUCCCCUUCCCCAGUCCAUCUGUCUCUCUCUUGUGCCCACCAGCCCCUAUGUGAGUGUUUGUCUCCCCUCAGCCCAGGGCCAGACUGGGGAUACGAAGCAGCCCUGGAAGAAAAAUUUAUGCCAGCCCCAUAAGUCAUUGCGCCAUAUAUUGCCAUAUGUAAUAUGUAAGUCAAUGUCUUGCCACCCCAGAUGGUUGAGUAAUAUAUAUUUCGAAUAUAUAUUGCUUUUUCAGAGAAAAAUGUUUAAUUAUACAGUAAGCAUACUCACAUGCAAACACAGACAAUCUCACUGACACACACAAGCUCAUUGAUACACAGCCUCAUAGAUAAACAAUGUCUCUGAUAUACAUAAGCUCAUUGGCAUAAAAACACAAGCAAGCUCACUCACUAGCAAGCACACACACGCAUGCAAGCUCACUCACUCACUCACUAGCAGGCACACACACACAGCUUAAUGUAGUGGUUCUGGUGUCUAUAGCCUGUCCCUGCAGGCUUUUCAAUGUAAACACUGACUUUUCCGAGAAAUGGCAGUGUUUACAUUGCUUCCUAGUGACACCUCUAGUUACAGUCACUCAGUCACUAGAGGUGCUUCCCGUGUCAGUGCUGCACAGUGUGCAGCACCUACAUUCAGGGCCUUUGCAGCCAAUCCAAUGGCCGAGCAUUGGAUUGGCUGAGAUCAUCAAGCUUGAUGAUCUCAGCCAUAGAGGAAGGGCCAGUCGAGGGGAGACCAGCAGGGAGUAAAAACUCUUUUUAAAUACACACAGACACCCCAUGGCAGACAGACACCGAUUACCUGUGGGUAACCGGCUGGGUGUGCUAGUGGCUUCUGGGGGAGGUCUGCUGGCGGCUGCUGGGGGAGCUGGCUGCUCUCUCUGCUCCCCCGCCCUCAUGCGCAGCUUAAUGAGACCGGGGCCGGAAUAUGACCCAGGUGUCUGCCCGGCCCCAGGUGCAGACGGCCGGUGGGCCAGUCUGGCCCUGCCUCAGCCCCUCUGUGUCUUUGUCCCAUCCGAGCCCCUGUGUGUCUGUGUCCCCAGCCCAUAUGUGUGUCACCCUGUGCCCCCCAGAUCUUCUUUGUGCCUUUUCCCUCCAGGCACCUCUGUGUGUCUUUGUGCUCUUCCCCCCCCCCCUCCUGUGCCCUCUUUAGCCCCCCUCUCCUACUGUGUACUCUUUAGCCCCCCUCCCUUCUUACCCUUAUGUAGCCCCUCAUCCCUCCUGUGCCCUUUUUAGCCUCUCUCCCCUUGUGUAGCCCCCUUCCAUCCUGUGCUUUUCUGUAACCCUAUCCCCUCCUGUGCUUUUCUGUAACCCUAUCCCCUCCUGUGCUCUUCUGUAACCCUCUUUCUCUCCCCCUCUUUCUCUCCUGUGCCCUUACGUAGCUCUUGUUCCUUCACCCCUCAUGUGCCCUCUUUAGCACCUUUUUUCUCCUGUGCCCUUAUGUUGCACCCCUCCCCUGUGUCUGCUCACCUUCCAGCCUAGCUAGAAACCGCAGACAGAAGUUCAAAUGUUCUACCAGUUCCGCACAGAUCCAGUUUCCUGCUGGCCAGUUUUGCUUUAAAAGCUGGAUCAGGAGAAGCUUGUGACGCAAAACACUUCAUCUGAAGAGGCAUGACCAACAGGAGACAGAUGUUAGAUACUUGCCUAAAGACCUUAUUCCCUGUAUUUGUAAAUGUUAAUAUAUUUGUACAUUUUUCGUAUAAAGGGGAUGACAAUACGUCCUCUUGUGGAGCUGUUGGCAGUGAAGAAAAAACAGGAAAGCAAACGGUCUAUUAAUGAGGAGAUCCACACACAGGUAAGAUUCCAGUGCACCCCAGACUUGCAUUUUGAAAUGUUCCUGCAUAUGUGUUUGCAAGUAUACUCCUGUUUUAUAUGACCACCUACCAGUGUAUUCAUGUAUCGAAGAUUCCAAAGUACUAAACGUCUUCCUUUCUGUAUGUCUUUCUUCUUAAAAAGCAGUGUAUAAUUCAGAACCAGAUUUCUAUUAAAUUAAUACUUUAAUAACAUUCCUAGCAUACCCUGCAGUUGAACAAUCCAAUUUUAGACUAAUGCUGCUCUCCUUUUUUCCCCUAUUAGUUUUUGGAUCAUCUUCUGACAGGAAUUGAGGAUAUCUGUGGUCACUACGGCCACCAUCAUUGGAAGGAUAAGUAUGUUACCUUGAUUGUAGUAACAUAAAGUUACACAAAAAGUAGACUAUAAAAGCUUAAAUGUAAUCUUAUGUAACACCGGUGCAGUAGAUGUUUACAGCUCGUAUUAAUGAAGCAAAAUGCCCUAAUUUACCUUACCAUUGCCCUCCAGUUUUGAACAGUUUGACACCUUUUCAGGAUAAAAACCUAGCAAGUGAAAGUUCACUGGUCUAGGUUUGGAAUUGAAGGGCAGUGAAGAUAAAUGAGCAUUCUACAGAUGUUUACAUAAAACCCUUAUUACUAAAUAUAGAAUAGUAACUAUACUUGCCUUUCAUCCACCUGUUCACCAUUGAUGAGAAAGAGAUGCUUCGAGAUGACACAGCCAGCGUCGCUUAAACUAUAACUGUGCACUGGGCCGGCCAUUAGGUGCCCUGUGCGAAAAGUCUUCAUGGCGCCCCUCCCCAGUCAUACACCUUCAUCCAUAUAUAUGUUUAUGUGUAUAGGUGCGUAGGCUUGUAUAGAGGAUUUACAGGCAGACAGUUACAGGCAGACAGUCGCACGCGCUCAGUUACAGGCAGACAGUCGCACGCGCUCACACACAGUUAAAGUCACACGCGGGCGGGCAUGCAUGCAGUUAAAGUCACACACAGGCAUGCACACUCAGUUAAAGUCACACACAGGCAUGCACACUCAGUUAAAGUCACACACAGGCAGGCGGACAGUCGCAUAGGCAGGCAGUCGCGCGCGCACACACACGCACUUACCUCUUUCCAUUACGACUGGAAGGGAGGAGUGGAGGCAGUGCAGCUAUAGUCUAGUUGUAAGCAGGGACUCCUGCCUCUGCAGCCAUUUAACACCACCUCUUCCACUAGUAAGCCCCCCUUGCUGCUGUUCUAUUUUUUUUCAUAGUCCAGGGGACCUGAUUUGGCACCCCCUGCACUCCUGUCACCUGGCCGUGUGUGAGGUCUGUCAGCCACAUGGCGCCCCGUGCUCCCUGACUGUGAGAGGUAAUUUCUUUCUCACAUGCAACUUGUCUUCAAGUUUACAUGCAUGGAAGUACUGGGAAUUGAAAGGUAGAUAUAAUUCCUCUAGUCUACUGAUGUGCAUAAAGCAGUGUAGCAACACUUGUAAAGCGUGAAUUACACUUUGACUUACAUUGAAAGCUGUAAACAGAUUAAUAACCAAAAUUUAAUUCUCCAACUAGGCUGAACCGUUUCAAUAAGACUUAUGUGAAGAAGUGCCUUAUUGCUGGAGAAAGGUCUACAGAGCCACAAUUGAUUGCCUUCUAUCACAAAAUGGAAAUGAAGCAGGCAAUAGAGUUGGUAGAGAGCGGUGGUGUUGGAAAGAUCCCUUCAACAGUGUCCAUGCAGUGAGUUGGUUUGAGAGAAUCUUUGUUUGCACAUGGUUGGUUAAGUGCAAAAAUGUAGGGACUAGUGGAAAUUGUCCAAGAGCAGCUCGGGAGGGAAAUUGAUGGUGGGGGAAAAAAGCCAACAUGUGAAUAAAAAUUACUUUUUUGUUGAGAAUGUCAAAGGAUCACUUCAUUGAAACCUAUUUUAAUUAGGAAUGUAGUAGAUAUAUUCCCAAAGAAAACAUGAAUUAUUUUUUUUCCUGUAUGCAAAAGCUGCAGACUUCAUACAGUCUGUGCAAGGGAAUUGACAAACUGGAGGGUUCUUGUUGAGCAUUACACACGUAGGUACAAAGGAGCAAUCGAGACCAUAAAAAGCAGACCCAGAUGUAACAAAAUAAUUGGGUAAAAGUGUAGGAAAGGCUCCACCAUUGACCAAAAAAAAUUCCUACCGCACACAAAAUAAUUACCUGCCAGGGUUAACUCCACCUCUGUCUGUCUGGUAGACAGACACUAGAGAGACUUCUGGAUGGUUAGGUGACUUUUGGUAAGCAUAAGCAUUGAAAGUCAUGUUUCAGUGUUUGCAGAUGACGCAAAACUUUGUACAGUAAUACAGUGUGAGCAAGAUAGUACUUUGCUGCAGAGGGAUUCUGAUUGGGGGUCUGAUUACUCAAAUGGCAGAUUAAAUUUAAUGUAAAAAAAUGCAGAGUUAUGCACUGCAGGGUAAAGAAUGCACAAGCAACUAAUACUCUAAAUCAGCAGUUCCCAAAUUGUGUGCCGGAUGCCAUGAAAUAUUUCCCCAGUGCUAUGAUCAUAUGAUCAUAGCACUGGGAACCAUCCGUGCUUUGCUCUCCCCUGCUGGCUCUGCACAUACACACAAUUACCCCUCCCAUACACACAAUACACCAUAUAGAUCCAGUAAUUCAGGAAGCAGAAUUAUUUUGUGUUUUCUUAUUCACUGUAGGUCUAUACAAUUCCUGGGCAAAUAAAUAGCCAUGUUUAUUUUGGGAUUUGAGUUGUGAUAUUGAUCAGGUGAAAGUGCUGUGAUUUAUUAAUUACUCUGAAUAUUCCUUCUGUGUAGGAACAUUCAGCCUAGGCCUAAGACAAUAGAAAGAUUUAUCCCAACUUUGUCAAAGGUGAAAGAGGAGGAGAUUCGCAAAAUCCUUCGCACUAACUUGCAGAAGACACGUCAGAGGGUGAGAACAAUUUUUAACCGAAAACAAUCUAAGCUUCCAUCCACUUCCUCUUAGCUUUCAGUAUUCAUAGUACCUUUGUUUUUUGUUUUUUCUGUGCAUUUAACUAUUUCUUUGUUUAUCGUCCAAACUGUGUGCAAUUCUAAACUUUUUUGUUCACUUUGCUUCCCUCAGCUGCGCUCUUAUAACAGGCAUACACUAGUGGCUGAUCCAUAUGAAGAUGCCUGGAACCAGAUGUUAAUCCGCAGACAGAAAUUACACCACAUUGAACAGAGGGUGAGAUGGGCAACUUUAGAAGAGUUGAUUAUUAAUGAAGCUGAAGCAAAGAACUCGGAAGAGAGGCUAAUGUAUAGAAUAAGGGUUUGUGUGUAACUGAAUAAAACUGAACUGGGAUUAAGAAGAAUGUGGGGAAAAUAAAAACAUUAAGAUGAUGGAAAAGGAAACAAAUGAAAGACUGCACUUGUAAUGCAUGGGAGCAAAUAGUUGAAAACGAAUAUGAAGAUUGUAUAAUUUGAGUUGUAAUAUGGCUUUCCUCUUUAAUUUUUUUAUUUUUUUAUUUUAGACAAACAACUUCCUAACUGUCCCUGCACACAAACUGGACUCCCCCACUCUGUCUAGGGCUCGUGUGGGCUCAGGUGAGGAUUAAUGACUGGAGUGGAUCUAAUCUAUAUAAUUUUCAAUAUUUCUUGUUAGUAUGCCUUCAUCUACCGGAUAGUCCUGCCAAAGAAACUACUAACAAGUUUUAAAAGAUGCACACUUAAAACUUUAGCUGCACGAUAGGCCAUUACCCACACAUGAACAUUCCAUUAUUUGCCAUUCCUUCUUGCAUGCGAGGCAGUCCUCCAUUUCUACAUGGAUUAAAAAAAUAAAUCAUAAUAUAAUCACUUGUUUCUUUUUGGUAUCCCAACAGGAGGUACUCAUUGCUUCUGGGUAGUUCCAACACUCUAUAGGUGUACUUGUAAUGCUAUUCUUUUCUCUGAGUACCUCUCAGGAGCUUGUAGUGUGGACCUAUUCUUCUGCGGGCUUGCUUUCUUUCUAGCAUAGGGGCAUGAUAUUCUAAGUGCUCAAUUCCUGGAUCAUGAGACUAUCCUGAAUCAAGCCAAGAAAAUGUCGGUAUUUAUCUUAAGUAUUGGAAAAACAUUUCCUAUUUUCAUUUAAAAGUCAAAGGCCAUAAUCAUUCAAUAUAACCAGCUUGGCUAGAUAAGUAGUCUUUUGAUAAGAGCCUCAAGUGGAGAGAUGUUAAAGUAUUUUCCCUUUUAGAAAUUUGGCAAAAUAACCUCCUGAUGAACUUGAGAUUUAAAGCGAUUUCUAAUCUUCAUGUUCAAGUCAGAGGGGUGGGUAGUUUCUUAUAGGAACUUAAAUCUUCUCCUUUUGACUUUUGUGAGGUGCCUUUUAGGACCUCUAGAAGACAUUCUUUUUAAGUUAUUCACUUUGGAAGCUGACCACAACUAUCACUUCACCCCUUUCGAGUAAAAUGCUUUACAUGAUUUUACCAUUGGAUAAAGUGGUUUUAAUGCAGUCACAAUCACUGUAUCUCCAGGUGUCAUCAGACAAGACUUUCUAAGGGUGCUAUAUUAACCUACUUUUUGUCCCAAAGUCAGAUUUAGGAAAAAAAUAUUUAAUUGCCCGGAUGUAUGGAUAGCCUUAUUACAAGCAGGUAGUACACAGUCUACGCCAAACAUAUCAAACUCAAAGCACAUGUCAACUAAACUCUAGCACGUGCCAACUAAACAAGGUUUAAGUUUAUGUGGGCCGCAAAAAAAAAACUUACAUUUUCAUAGAAACUUAGGUUUAUUUUGAAAAGUACAGUAUAAAAAAAACGCAUCCCCCUCUCCUAAAUCCCAGUGUCCCCCCCCUUACUAAAUCUCACUUCUCCCUUUAUACUAAAUCCAAGCCCAUCUCCUAUACUAAAUCAUUGCCCCUGUUUAAAAGACACUAUUAGCCAACAAGCAGACUCCACUCACAUUGCCACUGCCAGUAUGCUGCUACGGAGUCCAGCCUCUGGUAUACCCCCAAUGGCGCCAUCCGCACCCUGUGAAGGUGGAGCACGUGAACGUCAUUUCAGAAUGUGGCGUUGCGUGCCUCCGUGCACCUCCAGGUCCUCCACUGUCCAGCCACGGCCAUCGCAACAUUCACCGACACACACUCACUGACACACACACACACACAUACACUCACUGACAGACACGCAUACACACACACAUUUACAUCCUUGUACACACUCACAAAUCAUUUUAUUUAUUGCUGAUUGCUUCCUACCUUUGGGAGCUGGUGUGGGGCCUCUACAUGGGAUCCAGUGGGGAUCUUCUCUCUGGAGGUCUCCCUUCCUGUUCUCUCACGUGCGCUGUUUAGAAAUGCCGGGCCACAAUGACUUCAUAUUCCAGCACCCGGCAUCACAACAGAGGGUGCACGCGAGCAGCGAGGAGCAGGAAGACCAGACUGCGCUUGCUACUGCCAGCUUCCUGUUUCCUCUCCACCUGGCCUGUUUUAAAUUUCUGCAGAGUAAGAACCUGCAAUGUGGGGAGAGCAGGUACCUACUCUGCCUUAACAGUAAGCACAGCUCCGGGGGUGCCCCUAGUUGGCCAGCUGCCCACCAAUUGGGCUCCAUAUUACACUCAAUCUACUCGCUUCUAGCUGGGCCACAUAUAUAUUCAUUGUGGUCCGUGAGUUUGACAAGCUUGGUCUACACUGUUCUUGAAACAGGAUAAAAAGACACUCAUGUUGUAUUACUUUGAAGGUUUCCCCAGCCAAAUGGAUAAAGUUCACUAUUCUAACAGCAUUUGAGAAAGCAUGUUUGUUACCAAUGGGAAUAUUCAAAGCAUUAUACGCUUCCUGAGCAGCUAAAGCAGGAGUAUCGGCUGACCAAAUAUGCAAAGGCUCCUCCAGCCAUACCUGAUGUACACUUCAGUUUGAUGUCUUAAAUGUAUAAAAUGUGGUUAUCAUAAACCACUUUUAUUAGUUAAUGUUGCCUGUAUGAAGGUCAUUUGAAUUGGGUACAGUGUUAUUAGAAUAUAAUUUGUAUUUAGUCUUGGUUAUUUUAGUGUUAAAUUUGAAAUUUACAUUACAUGAAUUCCUUACAAAUAAAAAUUUCCAAACUGUCAGCAUAGCUGACUUGGAUUUAGUUUUUUUCUUAAUUUUGGCCUUUGAAAUUCACUCUGCAUUCCAGGUGAGAUUUUUUUUUCUUUUUCAUUUCCAGAACUUACAUGUCAGCUUCCAACUCCUUCUAGUAUUUCCAACACCUCUUGCUUCCCUUUUAUUUAAUUUGUUUCUCUUUCUCUUCCCCAUAAAUAGUGCAGAUUGUACCACUUGCAUUUUCUUUCCCAUCCCCUUCAAUCCCUCACCUUAUUUCUCCUUUGAGGCCUUUAACAUCUCGUCAUGUCUUUUUUCCAUUGGGUGAGUGCAGUUGCCCAUCUUUAACCCCCAUGGUAGUUUUAUUUUUAUUUUUGCCUUUUUUUGCCUUCUCCCUGUUCUUUCCGGUCAUACUUUCUAUCAUCUUAAUUCUGCCUAAAUAUUGUUUUCUCGUAACUAUACUUUUUAUUCCGUCCUCCCUUACUGCCAUCAAGUAAUUAGAUGUUCUUCACAAAACUGCAAUAGGACCUACAACAUGGAAUCUAUGACAUGAUAGACAUUACAUACUGUUACAAUAUGCCUUUCCCCUUUGUGCUAUCAAAUGACAACCACAAUGCCUUCUUAGACUUGACCUAUAUGGUCUCUUAAAUAGUCUGGUUGACUCUGAAUCUAAUCACAAUUUUCUUUUCACUAUUCCUUAGACCCCCUUGCCUAUGAACCUAAACCAGAUUCUGAAGGUCUCCCAAUGAUCACUAUAGACCCUGCAUCACCAGAGUCUGUAGAGAUGAUGAAUGAGACACAAGAGGACGAGGAUGAAAUUGGUAUCACCAUGAAGAUCCAGGAACCUCCCUCACCUGGAGCAGAUGAUGUUUUUGCCCCUAGUGAUAGUCCAAACUCUCAACGUCUUCAGCGCUGCUUGAGUGACCCAGGGCCCCAACCAGAGGAGAGCCAACCUUUCCUUCAAAAGCCAGAGUGAUUCCUUUGACAUACUGAACUGUGCAAGAUAGCAGUGGGCCUACAUCAGAAGAAAAUGUAUCGAAGUUUUUAUAUAUAUAUAUAUAUAUAUAUAUAUAUAUAUAUUUAUUUUUAUCCCCAUGCCUCAACACAGCUAUUAUUGUCUGUUAUCAUUAUCCUUUUGUACACUUCUUUUCAACUUUGUCCCUUUCUCUGGUUAUCGAUCACACUGUUUUCCCUUCUCCUUUUAUUUUAUUUUAUUUAUAUAAUUUUUUUUUAUUGGGACUUUAAUUACCAGGCCUGUUUUCUCAUUCAUUCCCACCUAUUCUUUUUUUAAAUUUGUUUCUAACCAAAGAAUAUUGAAUUUAUUUGUAUAUUUGGUUCACAUCAUAUCACAUUUUUGUACAUGGUACUUUUUGCUGUAUUUUAAUUCAUAUGUAUGCUCUAUUUUUGAUUGCUGAUUGCAAUGGGAGUGGUUUUUAAAGGGCUUCCUUUGCAAAUAUGUAUUUGAAAGGGGUUAGUGAGUGUUCUCUCCUAUUUGUAAUCUGUGCAGCUGAUGCAAGAUGGAUGUUGUGAAGAGUUAAUGCCAGGAACUAGCAAAUCUCUAAGAAUUUUAGCCUAUUUGUAGUUGGGCACUGCCCUGCUCCACAAGAGCAUAGUAUGGGCCGUUUAAGUCACUUGAACAUUCCAAUACACAUGGAUUCACAAGAAAAUCUUCUUAACCCCUUAAGGACACAACUUUUGAAAUAAAAGGGAAUCAUGACGAAAUAUUUCCGUCAUGUGUCCCUAAGGGGUUAACCCCUUGAGGUUCAGCAAAUUUUUCCAUCCAUCCUAUACCAGCAAGGAAUGUCAAUCGUGUUUAACAGUUUUGUCCUGAUGCUAAAUUAUGAGAACAUUUUGGAAAAGGUUAAGACCAGGUUAACUCUUAAAUUAUAAAAAAUAAAGACUUUGGGGAAAAACCAAUGUUUUUCAGACACGAGUAAUUGUUGCUUUAAGAUUCAAAGAAUUUAUCAGUCAAGGAAUGAGUUCCUGUACACAAAUUUCACAACUAGACAUCUUAGCAUCCCAGCUGCAAGUUCUUUCAUGUGAAUGUAUAAAAACAAAGUGUGUAUAUACAUACACACGUGUGCACAUUAGCUUUGACCCCCAACACACCAGCAGCAAAUAUGUUAAAACAGAAAUCACUGUAUAGACCAAUGUUUGUUUAUUUAGAAUGCAUUACUUCCUCAUUCACCACAAUGGGGCAUUUAUAUGGAUAGGCAAUGGGGAAGUAUUAAAUUAUUAUAAAAUUCUUUGUGAGCGUUGUAAAAAUUACAUGAAAUGUAUGUAUUUGUUCUCACAAAGUAUAGGACAAGAGCUAUUACCGUUACCAAGCUAGUCACUCCAUGCUUGUUGGAAUUACAAAACUAAUACUAUCCUCUUUAUUCAUAAGGCGCCUACAUAUUCAACAGUAAUGUAGAGUGGGUAGGCCUACCACACUAUACAGAUAAAGUGGGACAAGUUGGGUGAUUGGAAAACAAGUGAUGAUUGCUCUGCUUAAACGAGCUACAUCAUUUAUGAAUUUAUCUUGCUCUUGCCGUAAGGGCAAAUAUUUUAGUGCACCAUUGGGAACACAUGCUUUUCACUUAGCACGGCUUCUACAAAUGUGUAUAUAAGAGAAAAAAAUAUAUAUAUAAUUGUGCAAUAAUAACAGUGCCAGCAACUGCGUCCGUGUGUGAGGGGAGUGUGCAAAUGCAUAAUGUGCCUUUGCUCUGCACGUCUAAGAAUGUGUUGUAUGAAGUGACGAAAUGUGUGUAUAUUCACAUACGUGUAGGGGUGCCUUUGGGUGCACAGUUUUCCCACACAUGAUAGCGCUCUAAUUUUAUCAUUAGAAGAGAGUGUUUCUGGCAUAUGUGACAAAAACUAGGAUUUCUUUUUAUUUGAAGAUUACAAAAUAAAUGUAAAUUUUUAAUGCGGUCCCUUGUUUUUGUUGUUUUUUUUCCAUUCUCUUCCUCUUUAAGGUUUGACGUUCACUUCCUUGUAGUAACACAGGUGUCGCCACUAGAUGGUGGUACAUCCAUACUCUUGCAUUUGUCUAGCCAGUGCUUUGAUGAAUUGCCCUAAUCCAUUAACUACAAGUUAUUUGUUUACAUUGAGACUUAAAUAUAUGCACGUAACAGUGAAAAAGUCUAAAAAACAAAAAGGUGUACAUUUUAAUCUCUGUAUAGACCCUUGCAAUUUAGUACAUGAGAGAAUAUGUAGUGCUUAUGUUUUAUGACCACAUUGUGCAUGAGUUAGGGCUUGAAACUGCAAGAACCUAGCACGUACAUGUUCACUUCAAGAUGAAAACAGGCUCUAGGAAAUGUUUUGUUCAAGAGACUGACUAAUCUGUGUUUGCAAAUACUUCACCAUUUCAAGGCUUGUCCUGUAACAGUAAAUGUGUGCCUUUUCAACAAUGUUGGAACUUUGAAACAAUGGUUUCCAACCACCAUCAACUUGGCUGGAGAAUGCAAGAGAUUUGUUACAUACUAGAUUCCCUUUUGGGUAUGUCUGUAAAUAUUGUAUAGAACAUAUAUUCAGGUACCAUGUUUAAAAGAUAAAUUUCCUCCGUUAAUAAAAUGAAAUAGGAAUGAUUAUAUUUUUUUCCAAGCUGAAAUAUCGCGUUUGUAAAAUGAUGAAAUGAGUGCAAUAAUUGUAGAAAUGCCAGUGCAAACUAAGAAAGAAAUGUGAGUUUUAUUUAAUUGACUCCAUAAGUCAUGUAAUAAAAAAGAUAAAAGGGGGAAAAACUGAGUAUAGCUAUAACUAUGCACAUAGCUCAGGUAGUAACCCUGUACUAACCCAAACUGCAGAAAUGUUGGGGUAUGUACUCUCUCACUAUGUAAAAUUUAUGGUAUGUCCAACAGAUGUUAAAUCUCUAAGAUUUUGGUUUGUUGUUAAAUUUUGUGAUUUUUAUCUGACCUUCCUACAAUGGGUUAUUACAUUUUUAGAUUACUAUGUGAAUAAGCAUAUAUUUGCACUUAUUUUGUUUAAAUCUCAACAACAAAAAAGACAAUGGAUUGUGUGCUGGGGUGCCAACUGGAGAACUUUGACUAGGGCAUUUGAACAGAGAUGACCUGAAUGCACUAUUAUGGCUUCUACAACUCACAUUUUCAAGGUUGCUGUGUCAGUGUUGGCAACCCUUAAGCCAUACAACAUGUGAGCACAUUAAUGUGUUUUAUGCCCCAUUACAAAAGUUAUAUCAUAUUGUUAUUUAACGUUUAAGUACUUCAGCUUUAGCUCAAUCAUAUUAUUUGCACCAUCCUGAGGAGUUAGACAUAUGCAUUUUAUGUUCCUUUUUUCUCUCAACUUUUCGCCUCUGAAACUUUUUUACUGUUUUUUUCUAAAUAGUUCUUCAUAAUUGUAGCUCAACUAUAUAUUUUUAUUUUUGGAAUUCCUCCUAUUAUAUAUAAAUUCUGUU